AUGUCAGGCAAAGGAGGAAAAUCGAAGAGCGGCAAAGUUGGAGCCAAGGCCAAGACCCGAUCAAGCCGAGCUGGACUGCAGUUCCCUGUUGGAAGAAUCCACCGAUUCAUCCGCAAGGGCAACUACGCUGAGCGAGUUGGUGCUGGAGCCCCAGUCUACCUUGCUGCUGUGCUCGAGUACUUGACUGCUGAGAUCCUUGAGCUGGCUGGCAACGCUGCCAAAGACAACAAGAAGUCCAGGAUCAUCCCCAGACACUUGCAGUUGGCCAUCAGGAACGACGAAGAGUUGAACAAGCUGCUCCACGGAGUGACCAUUGCUCAGGGCGGUGUGCUGCCAAACAUCCAGGCUGUGCUCCUACCCAAGAAGCAGUCUUCGUCUCAGCCCAAGUCUGACAAGAAAGUCAGUGAACAACUCAGCGAAGCUGACAUCCAAUCUGAACUUGAGGAGAUCAACAACAUCAAGGUAGCAAAGCUCUUCCGAAUCCAAAGCAGAAGCCUAGACAAGCCAACACAACUCAUCAGAGUUUUCACAGAUGAUGACCUAGCCUGCAGAAAGGCAAUCGACAUUGGGGUCUACAUCUGCAACGAACGAAAACGAUGCGAAGCAUCCAAAACAGAACCACGAGUAACACAGUGUUACAAAUGCCAAAAUUUCGGCCAUAUGGCCAUAAACUGUCCGAACCAGCAACGAUGCCUCAGAUGUGGCGACAACCAUGCAGUCAGAGACUGCAAAACUCCAAAGCAGCAAGUUCAAUGCAUCAACUGCAGAGGCGAACACCCGGCGCAGUACAAAGGAUGCCCGGUUUACAAGACAGCUCAAGUCGAAGCCCAAAAAGCACAACCAAAAGUGCAAAACUACGCUCAAGCAGUCAAACAUCUGCAACGAACUGUGCAAAACAACUACGCUCAAGCAGUCAAACCACAACCAACCAUGAGCAAAGAGGACAUACAGCAGUACAUUAAAGAAACUGUUGAAACUACAAUAGCCGAUCAAGUCGAAAAAGCAGUGCAAAAAGCCAUGGACGAAAAGAUAACCGAUGCAAUCACCAAAGCUGUCGCUAAAUCAUGUGAGAAAAUUAACGAAACAGUCAGCAAUGCAGUUAGAACUCAAUUCGAGAAAAUAGAUUUCACUGAGCUGUUAACAUCAAACAUAAAAGCAAAACAAAAUACAAAAACACACAGAGAAGCAAGCAGCAGCAGACAUAGUAGCUCCCGAAAUCAAAACAACAACAACAAACCAAAAUGA